UCUGUAAGGCUUUAAGCUAAAUUUAGAGCAAAUGCAGACUCUUAGGACCACUCAUGGUUUUCUCCUCUUCCCUUCUCAGAAACCCACCAAAACCCUAGUAAAGCCCUACAAGCUUGAUAGCCCCAACUGUGCAUUUGACCUCUCAUGGCGCCUCCGAUUCCUCACUGUAACCCGGCCGUUCCUCAGCAGCUUCACCGUCAAGUCAUUCAGUUCCGACGAAUUCCCUGUGGACGACACCUUCCUUGAGAACUAUGGCCCCAAAGAGAAAGAAAGCGAAGACGAAGCUCGUCGACGUAACUGGAUAGAACGAGGUUGGGCUCCUUGGGAGGAAAUACUCUCUCCUGAAGCUGACUUCGCUCGUAAGAGCUUGAACGAAGGCGAAGAAGUGCCGCUUCAGUCCCCCGAAGCCAUCGAAGCUUUCAAGAUGUUGACUCCUAAGUACAGGAAGAAGUUAAUGGAGGAGAGCGGCCUCACGGAAGAUGAGUACCUGGCGAAGCAGUUCGAGAUUAAGGGAGAGAUUCCCGAACCCUUGCAGACCACUUGGGCUGGUCCCUUGGUUUUCCGACAUGUACCGCCGAGGGAUUGGCCUCCGAGGGGUUGGAAGGUUGAUGAGAAGGAGCUUGAGUUCAUUCGUGAAGCGCAUAAGCUGCAGGCGGAGAGAGUUAAUUUGGAUGAAUUGGAAUCGCCGAGGAAGAAUACCGAUGACUUGUGUUUGGAGAGGUAUAAGGUGUUCCUGAAGCAGUACAAGGAGUGGGUUGCAGCGAAUAAGGACAGAUUGGAAGAAGACUCUUACAAGUUUGACCAAGACUACCACCCUGGUAGGAGGAAACGAGGGAAGGAUUAUAAAGAGGAUAUGCUGGAGCUUCCAUUCUUUUAUCCAGGACAGAUUUGUGCUGGAAAAGUGACCACUCUGCAUCUUUAUCAAGGAGCAUUUGUUGAUAUUGGAGGUGUAUAUGAUGGGUGGGUACCAAUAAAAGGCAAUGAUUGGUAUUGGAUCCGUCACCACAUAAAAGUUGGUAUGCAUGUCAUUGUUGAAAUUCUGGCGAAGCGAGAUCCUUACCGGUUUCGUUUUCCUAUUGAAAUGCGUUUCGUCAAUCCUAAUAUAGAUCACCUUAUCUUUAACAGAUUUGAGUUUCCACCAAUAUUUCAUCGCGAUGAAGAUACUAAUCCUGAUGAGCUGCGGCGGGAUUGUGGAAGACCCCCAAUUCCUAUGAAAAGAAAACAAACCAAAAUUGCGGAAGAGCCAUUGUUGUCGAACCAUCCUUAUGUUGAUAAGUUGUGGCAGCUACAUGUUGCUGAGCAAAUGAUUCUGGAUGAUGAGGAAGCUAACCCUUAUAAAUAUAAAGAUGGGAAGUUCACAGAAUCAACUCUGGAUUCUGAAUUCAAUGAAGAAGAUAGCAUUGAAUAUACCCAAGCUUAUUACAAGAAGACUUUACUACCAAAAAUGAUUCUGAAAACAAAUGUUAAAGAACUUGAUUUGGAUGCUGCUCGUGCUGAGCGUGAAUUGAAUAACAAACUUAAGCGGGAAGCAAAAGAGAGAGGAGAAGAAUAUAAAGUAACCAAAAUGAGACGGAAUAUUGAAAUGGAUGAGUAUGAUUUAAUCCAUUGGCGCCGUUCCUUAGAAGAAAGAGAAGCUCUCAUCAGAGAUAUUAGUUGCCGUCAAGCUCUUGGGCUCCCAUUAGAGGAGCCAGGAAGAUAUGUAGAUGACAGUUAUUUUGGGACAGAUCGUUAUGACCCUUCAAGCGCUCUAUAUCGUUUUGACUACUGGGGAGAACCCAAGAACUCGGAGAAGAGCAAGCAAGAGCGGCUAACUGAUGCUCACAACAAAUCUAUUAUAGGUAAGGGCACUGUGUGGUAUGAGAUGUCCUAUGAAGAUGCCAUAAAGCAGCAGAAGCACGGGGAACAUUCUAAGGGGUUAAAGGAGAAAGAGGCUGACAAACAAGAAACAAAGGAAGACCAAAAUAGUGUUGAUGAUGAUGAUGAUUGUAAUGAUGAGGAUGAGGAUGAGGAUGAAGAUGACUUUCUUUACAGCAUUCUUGCGGAGUCUAGUGAGGAUUCAUCAGAACAACCUCUUGUUAAUGGCACUGAAUCGUCUAGAUUGUCAGAUGAAGGGAUGUUUGAGAAUUAGCAGCUUGUGUGUGUGAAAUCACAAAAGCUGGGGAAUCAACAUCUCUUUUGGGGUUCCAUAUUAGAAACAAUGUUAUGU